AUGGGAGACAUGGCCAACAGCUCUGUGGAUUUUUAUCCCAAAAACCAGCGGCGAGAAAUGAACCAUGCAGGUGGCUUUGGCUGCACCCUGUCGGAGCUGCGCUCCCUUAUGGAGCUGCGUGGGGCUGAAGCUCUCCAGAAAGUCCAGGAGACCUACACGGAUGUCAACGGGCUCUGUAGGAGACUUAAGACUUCCCCCACCGAAGGCCUCUCUGACAACACAGCUGAUCUGGAAAAGAGAAGACAGAUCUACGGACAGAACUUUAUCCCCCCAAAGAAGCCCAAGACCUUCCUACAGUUAGUGUGGGAGGCACUUCAGGAUGUGACCCUAAUCAUUCUGGAAAUUGCUGCCAUUAUCUCCUUGGGGCUGUCUUUUUAUGCUCCACCGGGUGAAGAAAGCGAAGUCUGCGGGAAUGUGUCAGGGGGUGCAGAGGAUGAAGGUGAGUCAGAGGCUGGCUGGAUUGAAGGUGCUGCCAUCCUGCUGUCAGUGAUCUGCGUAGUGCUGGUCACAGCAUUCAACGACUGGAGCAAGGAGAAGCAGUUCCGAGGCCUGCAAAGCCGCAUAGAACAGGAACAGAAAUUCACUGUCAUCCGUAACGGUCAACAGGUCCAAAUUCCCGUGGCCGAGCUAGUGGUGGGAGACAUCGCCCAGAUCAAAUAUGGUGACCUGCUUCCUGCAGAUGGAGUGCUUAUCCAGGGGAAUGAUCUCAAGAUAGAUGAGAGCUCUUUAACGGGGGAAUCCGAUCAUGUACGCAAAUCAGUGGACAAAGAUCCCAUGUUGCUAUCAGGCACCCACGUCAUGGAAGGCUCUGGGCGGAUGGUUAUCUCUGCUGUUGGAGUCAACUCACAGACUGGGAUCAUCUUUACUUUGCUGGGUGCUGGUGGGGAAGAGGAGGAAAAGAAAGAGAAAAAAGGGAAGCAGCAGGAUGGGGCAGUGGAGAAUAAUCAAAACAAAGCCAAAAAACAGGAUGGGGCAGUUGCCAUGGAGAUGCAACCCCUGAAAAGUGCCGAGGGUGGUGAGAUGGAAGAGCGGGAGAAGAAGAAAGCCAGUGUGCCGAAAAAAGAGAAAUCUGUCUUGCAGGGGAAGCUCACAAAACUGGCUGUUCAAAUUGGGAAAGCAGGGCUGGUGAUGUCAGCUAUCACAGUCAUCAUCCUCGUCCUGUAUUUCAUCAUUCAAACCUUUGUUAUUGAUGGGAAGACGUGGAUGGCUGAGUGCACUCCUGUUUACGUGCAAUACUUUGUCAAGUUCUUUAUUAUUGGGGUCACCGUCCUGGUAGUGGCUGUGCCCGAAGGCUUGCCACUGGCUGUCACUAUCUCUUUAGCCUACUCUGUCAAGAAAAUGAUGAAAGACAACAACCUGGUCCGGCAUUUGGAUGCCUGUGAGACCAUGGGCAAUGCCACGGCCAUCUGCUCGGACAAGACAGGGACCCUUACCACCAAUCGCAUGACAGUCGUGCAGUCCUACAUGGGUGACACUCACUACAAGGAGACACCUGAGCCCAGUAGCCUGACAUCCAAGACACUGGAUCUGCUGGUGCAUGCCAUUGCUAUCAACAGUGCCUAUACCACCAAGAUACUACCUCCAGAAAAAGAAGGGGGUCUCCCACGCCAGGUAGGCAAUAAGACCGAAUGUGCACUGCUGGGGUUUGUGGUUGACCUGCGACGUGACUACCAGGCUGUCCGUGAGCACAUGCCAGAGGAGAAGCUCUACAAGGUUUACACCUUCAAUUCUGUCCGAAAAUCUAUGAGCACCGUCAUUUGCAUGCCUGAUGGCGGCUAUCGCCUCUUCAGCAAAGGCGCUUCCGAAAUUGUCCUGAAAAAGUGCACAAACAUCCUAAAUAGCAAUGGAGAGCUUCGCGUCUUCCGGCCCAGGGACCGAGAUGAAAUGGUAAAGAAAGUGAUCGAGCCCAUGGCCUGCGAUGGGCUGCGAACGAUCUGCAUAGCCUACCGUGACUUUCCAGCAGGGAAGGAGCCUGACUGGGACAAUGAGAAUGAUAUUGUGAUAGAUUUGACCUGCAUUGCUGUGGUGGGGAUUGAGGAUCCUGUGCGACCAGAGGUGCCAGAGGCCAUCCACAAGUGCCAGCGUGCUGGCAUCACUGUCCGUAUGGUGACAGGAGACAACAUCAACACAGCUCGAGCCAUUGCUGCCAAAUGUGGUAUCAUCCAACCAGGGGAGGACUUCUUGUGUCUGGAGGGAAAGGACUUCAACCGAAGGAUCCGCAAUGAGAAGGGAGAGAUAGAACAAGAACGUCUUGAUAAAAUCUGGCCAAAGCUGCGAGUUCUGGCUCGAUCAUCACCUACUGAUAAACACACCCUGGUGAAAGGCAUCAUUGACAGCACUAUUGGGGACCAGCGCCAGGUAGUCGCUGUCACUGGGGAUGGAACGAACGAUGGACCCGCGCUCAAGAAGGCCGAUGUGGGCUUUGCCAUGGGCAUAGCAGGUACCGAUGUGGCAAAAGAGGCCUCUGACAUCAUCCUGACUGAUGACAAUUUCUCCAGCAUCGUCAAGGCGGUGAUGUGGGGUCGCAAUGUUUACGACAGCAUCUCCAAAUUCCUGCAGUUCCAGCUGACCGUCAAUGUGGUGGCCGUCAUCGUAGCCUUCACUGGGGCCUGCAUCACCCAGGAUUCUCCUCUCAAGGCAGUACAGAUGCUGUGGGUGAACCUCAUUAUGGAUACAUUUGCUUCCUUGGCACUUGCCACUGAGCCCCCAACUGAGGCCCUGCUGCUGCGCAAGCCCUAUGGACGCAACAAACCCCUCAUAUCCCGGACCAUGAUGAAGAAUAUUUUGGGCCAUGCUGUGUACCAGCUCGUUAUCAUCUUCACUCUCCUCUUUGUGGGAGAGGUUAUAUUUGACAUCGACUGUGGCCGCAACGCUCCCCUGCAUUCUCCACCCUCGGAGCAUUACACCAUCAUCUUUAACACCUUUGUCAUGAUGCAGCUGUUCAACGAGAUCAAUGCCCGCAAAAUCCAUGGAGAGCGCAAUGUCUUUGAUGGGAUUUUUGGCAACCCCAUCUUCUGCAGCAUUGUUUUGGGCACUUUUGGCAUACAGAUCAUCAUUGUGCAGUUUGGGGGGAAACCAUUCAGCUGUUCUCCACUGAAUGCAGAGCAAUGGCUGUGGUGUCUUUUUGUGGGCUUCGGGGAACUCGUCUGGGGACAGGUCAUUGCCACCAUCCCUACCAGCCAUCUUAAAUGCCUAAAGGAAGCAGGACAUGGCCCUGGUAAGGAUGAGAUCACAGAUGAGGAAAUGGCUGAGGAUGAGGAGGAAAUUGACCACGCUGAGCGGGAGCUGCGCCGUGGCCAGAUCUUGUGGUUCCGUGGCCUCAACCGCAUCCAGACCCAGAUGGAGGUAGUUAGCACCUUCAAGAGAAGCGGCUCCUUUCAGGGGGCUGUCCGACGCCGCUCUUCCGUCCUCAGUCAACUGCACGAUGUAACCAAUAUUUCUACCCCCACUCACAUCCGCGUAGUGAAAGCGUUCCGUAGUUCACUCUAUGAAGGGCUGGAGAAGCCAGACACCAAGACCUCCAUCCAUAAUUUCAUGACAACGCCUGAGUUCUUGAUCAAUGACUACAUCCACAACAUUCCUCUCAUUGACGAUACAGACGUGGAGGAGAGCGAGGGUCCCCUAAGACAGCACUUCAGGGCCAGUCCCCCACCAUCUCCCAACAAGAACAACAAUGCCAUUGACAGUGGCAUCUACCUUAACACCGAUGUCAGCAAGACACCUACCUCCUCAUGCAGCCCAGUUAGCCCACUUCACAGCAUGGAAACCUCCCUCUAACACAACCCUACCAUGCAACCAGUUGAAUUGACUUUGUUCACAACAGAGGUGUCCAGUUCCUCCUGGGAGGUAGGGUAGCUAAGGAAGGAUGGA